AUGACGACGUUGCCAGCAUGUUGCAGUCCUGUCGCUGCUAGUGUCGUCGCUUUGGUGCUGAUUGUCGCCCUUGCCUCGAGCACGUUCGUCCCCUUGCAGACUGAGCCAGCUGAUUGGGAGCUGAAAGAUGACGACCUCGCGAGCAAAGAUCAUCGUACUGGAAAUGUGGACGUCCUUGUUGCCGGUGUGUCGCGGACCAGCACAAGCUCAAUGCAGCAAGCACUGCAAGGGCUCGGGUACAACACAACACACUGGCUUGGCUACAUGACACGCUACUUCGAGUUUAUCUCACAUUUCUACGUCGGCAGGGUCAAAGUUCCCAACUUGCACAAGGUCUUUGAGGACAUCCCAGAGAAAGGGGCUUUGCUGGAUACGGUCGUCCCCGCGAUGUUUGACGACUUGAGGCGGGCCUAUCCGAAGGCCAAAGUGAUCCUCACAACGAGGGAAGGGGAGUCGUGGUUUACGAGCUACGAGAACUACGUGGCUCAGUGCUGGCUCUACCACUGGACUCGGCCCUCGGGCCUGGACCUCGACCGGCUCCCCGAGCUCUCCGAGGUCUUCCGCCUGUCCGACAUGGUGAUGUACGGUUCCUGGAAGCCGAACUUUUGGCACGUCCGGAACCGAAAGCUGUACGAGCAGCAUGUCAUCUCCACCGUGCCACCA